AUGGCUAAGAACUGUGUGCGUAUCUGUAUUCAGAACCUGCAGCGUAUCAGUGAUCGUGCCCCAGCUCCAGUCCUAGCUGAGGUGGCUGUCACAGUGUUUAGCUUCAUCAGAGACUCCUACCAGCUCAACCCUGCUCUGUUCACCGAGCUUGAAAAUAACGAUGGAUACACUGUCUUACAGGCCAUCAUGACCCGGUGUGAGGAGGGUGUGCCUGCGGAGGAGUUUGGUCCAGUAGAGGACCUGUUAUCUCUGCUAGCGUCUUUGUGUCUGUUUGGGAGGUCAGAGCUGAAGGUGGCUCUCUGUGUCACCAACCCUCAGCCACCUGGCUUCAAGUUUGACCCCUCACUCACCACAGGUCAUGCGGUAAGGAACCUAUCAGCAUUCCGUUUGCUACAGGGUUCCUUCCAGCGGUCAGAGGACUGUGUAUUCUGCAGCCAGAUCCUAAGCACCAUCAGGACUGUGUGGUCAUGGAACAGGGCCAACUUCUUCCUGUUAGAGUGGACUGUUCAAUCACUGGCUCAGCUAGCGCAGUGUGUGUCGAAGAAACCGCCUCCUGUACACAGACUGUUCUUCUCUAUGUUAGAGAUGGUGGCAUUCCAUCUUAACUACAUCCCCCACGAGGCUGUGCGUGCGGUGCAUGCGGUGCUGAAGCAGGGCUGGGCAGGGGCCGUGGCCGGAGGGGCAGAGUUUGGAGUGGCUGCCCUCGGCUGCUUCCACAGGUUGACAGUGCGUAGUGGUCUGCUAGCGGAGGUUCUCAGUGAUGGAGGUCUGUUGGAACUUCUGCUUGGAGAACUACGCAGGAGGGCCAAGAUACUCAGGAAGGCUAGAGGAGCAGGUCCCCACGAUCAGUCAGCUGUAGAGGACAAUGAGAGAGCUCUCACCACCGGCAUGCUCACAGUAGUGGCUGCCCUCACCCUUCGCUCCAUCAGAAACACAGUGUCAGUCCGUGACCUUGGGAUGGUUCCCUACAUAAAGAUCUUUCUAGAUGAGGAGCAGUACAGAGGACCAACCCUCAGCAUCCUGGAGCAGCUGUCAGAGAUAAACCCUGACGAGUUUAUGUCUACGGCUAUAGGAGCUCUCUGUUCCUCUACACAACAGGAGCUGGGGCUCAAACAAGACCUGCUGCAGUCAGUUUUGAAGGUUCUGGAGAGACCUAACAGUUGGGGGGCGUUUCGACGUGCGCGGGGCUUCACCGGCCUGCUGUCCCUGGUGGUGGACAUGGAGGGGGCUCUGAGUGACCCCACUCAGGGUGGGGUCUGGGGUGCUAUGGGGCAGCAGGGGAUACUAGACCUCCUCUUCCUCACCCUACACACCCUCGCCCUAGCUGUCCACGUACACCCUGUCAACUCACACCAGUUCCAGGCUGAAGGGUUCUACGAGAGGCUGGCUGAAGCCUUACUACGGCUGGGUUGUUUCCAGACUGAGGGCCGGGAGGGGACAGAGAGGAUGGAGGGCCACGCCGGGGGUAUGAUGAGUAGGGGCCUGGGCCAGAGAUGGGGUCAGAAAGGAACAGAGGACAAUCAUUGUCUUGGGAGGAGCUUCCACCAGUUUCUGGAGCUGUCUGAGACCCCACCACCCCUGCCUCCCCCUUUACAGACCUGUAUCAGGCUCCUCUCCUACCUGGACCAAUUAGCUACAGGGACCUACGCUGCCCUUGAGAUGACAGCAGGACAUACCAUACUGCAUCCUGGAGCCCUCAGGGUCAUCAUGACUCUCCUGCCUCAUGUCUUUACUGCAGAGGAUCCACAGCUGUCAGUGGAGGUCCAGUACUCAGUAGCCCACCACCUCCAGGUGAUGGUAACAUCAGAGAAGAACCGUCAGAUCGUCUGCAAGGGGGGUUUGGUGUCCACUCUACUAACCCACUGUCGAAGCAUCCUGCUCAGGCCGGACCACCCACUACACCUGCCUGACACACGCAUCCUGGAGAAAAUCUCCUCACACUCCAUCUCCCACAUAGACCUCAGGCGUUUCCUGUGUCUUUGUGAACCUCUGAUGUGCCAAGCUAACAAAAUUGCUGCCACCUCUGCUCCAGAAUCCAACACACAAUGCCCCUUUUCUCCCUCCAAUGGCCACAGCCCAGAGAAGGCAGACAGCUUAACAGACAGUGAGACCACCACUUGCUCCAUCAUGAAGACAUUGAAACGCUCUUUUAGCCUGCUGAGCUCCUCUCCUCCUAUUGGCUCUCCUGUCGGCCAGCCCCUCCCCCUGCACCAAAUCAUUAGCCUAGUCUCCAUGACGUCACCAAGGAGCUUCCGACCACACCGAGUCUCCACCUCUCCGGCCUUUGUGGAGUUUGAUAUGACUGAGAGUGGCUAUGGCUGUCUGUUUCUACCAUCCCUGGCUACAGUGAAAGGUGUCAAUGCUGACUCCAUCCCAACAGGGGGAAUAGGAGGAGACUGUCGUGGUUUCCCUCCGGCAGCAGGCCUGUCAUAUUCCUGCUGGUUCCUGAUCAGCAGGUUCAGUUCAGCCUGUGAUUCCCACCCGAUCUGGCUGUUGUCUGUGGUGCGCCAUAUGUCCCGUGCCGAACAACAGUACGUCUGUCUGUCUGUCUCCAUCUCAGCCAGCGACGGAUGUUUGGUCAUCUCCACUGAGGAGGAGCCCUUCACCUUCCUGGAUAUGAUGGAGCCAGAGGUGCGGACCCCCAGCCCCCUGCCAGGUUCUCUGAGGUUCAAAUGCUCCAGUCAGCUGACCCCAGGUCAGUGGCACCAUCUGGCCAUUGUCAUGGCGAAGGACGUGAAGAAGAGCUGUAAGGUCACGGCCCACCUCAAUGGGAAACUGUUGGGAGCAGCAAAGAUGCUGUACAUCCAACCGUUCCCGGGUCAGUACGUUUCCAUGGAACCCACGGCGGUGAUUGACGUGUGUGCCUUCAUUGGAACGCCGUCUCUAUGGAAACAGCACGCUUCGUUGGUGUGGCGCGUUGGGCCCACCUACCUGUUUGAGGAAGUGCUGAGUCCAGGGGCUGUAGGAGUCAUCUACAACCAGGGAACAACCUACUUGGGAAACUACCUGGCUCUACGCAACACAGGCUCUGGCCCAGACCCCCUCCCUCUCAGGCUGGUCCCUGAGGAGAGGAUCUCAUUUGGCAUCAACCCGGCUGUAGCAACUUUAACAACGGUAGCAGAGAUACGAGAAAGCUACAACGAGGUGGACUGCCGUCUCAUCGCCAAAGAGAUGGGAAUCACGUCCAGGGAUAACUCCACCCCUGUGUUCCUGUCUCAAAACAUCAGCCACCACCUGACUGGCACUGCACGCACCAUAGGAGCUGCACUGGUUGGACACUUUGGAGUGCGGACGUUCGCUCCCAGCAGCGCAGGGGAUAGCUUUCUGUACCUUGGUGGGCCGGCGGUGAUCCUAAGCAUGGUUGCUAUGGCGGCAGACGACGGAGCGCUGUACGCAGCAGUGAAAGUUCUGCUGUCUGUGUUGGAGACAAGCCCUGCCAUGGAGCGGGAGAUGACACGCGUCAACGGUUACAAGCUCUUAGCAUUCCUGCUGAAGAUUAAGAGCGGUGUGUUGAGUAGUAGAACCUUUCAGCUGGUGCUGUCUCUGUCUGGUUCAGUGGACCACCUGGGAUCUGGAGCCGCUUGUCUACACAACAGACCCGCCUUCAAUGCCCUGCUCUGUGACCUGGAGGUGUGGAAGAACACUGCGGAAAGUCUGGACCUGUCAGUUCUCAAUCACUUUGCUGAAAUCCUGAAAUCGUCAAGUGGUGAUCAUGGUAAUGCAAAGGUCAUGCAUAACCUAGGUCUGGUGCCUAAACUGCUCUUCCUAUUGGCUGACCCCAUGGUGACCCCCAGGAAAGUAAAGGUUGCCACCAGUAUCAUCACUCGCCUGCUUAGAGGACACUUCACCUCCACCGACAUACGCAGACUUGGCCUCUUCCUGGUGUACACCGUGCCUCCCCCAAGUGUGAGUGAAAGCUCUGGACUCUCUGACUCUCUUGAUGAGGAAACCAAAGCUCAUAGUUUCAGUCCAGCCAGACUAGUGUGGGUCCGUAAUCAACUGCUGUCUUCUCUCUGUGACCUCAUCAGCUCAGACAGUCUUCUCACUGCAGAUGAGCAGAAAGAACUGAUCCAGACGUUGGGCAGUGAUUGGUUCCUGCUGUUCCUGCAGCCCCACCUCCACUCUUCCACCCUGUGCCUAGGGCUCCGCCUACUCACACUCCUCCUGGCCAAUCAGAGCGAGCGGAACAGCUUCAGAGAGGGCGUGUUCCCAGGCACCCUAGUAGAGAGCCUGGAUGAACCCUCUGUUGCCAUAGACAACCUGAGAGCUUAUGAGUGGUCCUAUAAGUGUCAGAGUGUCACCUGCGCAGGCUUCGACGUGCUGCAAAGGCUUCUGGUCUGCCAGGCUCACAUGCCUCAGGUGUACGGAGCGCUGGCCACUCUACUGCUGGGGAAGAGAGGAGGAGAAACACCUGACGGACAGCUGGAUCUGGAUGAAGUUCUGCAGGCAGUGAUUGACAGCACAGAGUACACAAACUCUGCUCCCCUACAGCUGUGUUCCAAGUCUGCAGCCAUGCUACUGGAGCUGGUCAAGGCCAUCAUCACACAGCGGUCAUCUGCCGCUGAUGCAUCUUGGGAGUUGCAGUUUCCCGGCAGUGUAAUGCAGUUCCUCUGUCUGGUACACAAUCACCGCCCCCGAGACCCACUAUGGACGUCUCCAGAGUUUCUACACACACUCGCCAGCACUGUGUUUCCCCCUGAGAGUGAAGAGGAGGUGUGUCAGCCAAAAAGGAAGCAGGUGUGUGACUUCAUCCGUAUCCUCUUAAUGGACAGCCUGCUCAACUAUUCCCCAGAAGGAGCAUCGUUGGAGCGGAGACAGGUCUUCCAGACUGAAUUGCUAGAGUUCUUCAUGGAAAUCAUCCACAUGACCAGCCAGGAGAAUGAACAUAACACACACCUCACCACACAGGAGUCAAACUCCCAGAGACCUGAGGGGCAGAUGGCCACACUGAUGGAGAACAUGGUGCUUUUCAGUCAGAAGUUUCUGGAGAAACUCUACAGCGGCAUUUUUCUGGUUGAGCCAGAGAACCUGCUCACCUUCCUAGCUGACCAGAUAGUGGUGGUGCUGGAGAAGGGCCUAUCACAGAAAGAGAACAGAGUUUCCUCCCUCUACACCAGCACCAACCGAGCCCUGCUCUACUUCCUGUCCCGCCCACAACACACACAGGCCGAACAGGAAGCUGUCAUCAGGACGCUGCGGGUGGUCAUAGCGCGCUGGGACGUAGUCAUGGCAACCUACAAUGCCAACGUGAACUUCAUUGCCUGCCUGCUGCACUGUCUACUGUUGAUACGAUCUGGCAGCUACCCAGAAGGCUUUGGGUUUGAAAGGCACAAGAAACACCAGCGGAGAAUCCUGUCUCAUCUGUUCCCUCUCAAGACCAGCCACACUACCACACUCAGCCAAGUACCUGAUUCUGACACAGAGCUGAUGUCCCUAGUAGAGUUUGUGUGGUCAAAGAUCCUGACUGAGAGACGCACCAUUCUAGAAGACACCUAUAAGAUUGAGCUGUCAGCUAAUCAGACACAGAGGAUGGGACCUGUCAGCAUGAGUGACAUCAGCCCGCUGUGGGAGGAGACAGCACUCAAGGUGUGGCAGUUAUACACAGGCAAUGUGAAGAGGAAGCUGACUAGCACCAUCCAGAGGAAAGAUGGUGUAAUCAGCUCUGCUAUUCGCUCUGUCCACAAACGACUGGGGAGAGAAACUGGCACUGUGGAGGAGUUCCUGUCUUGUAUGGAGGCCCAUUUGAAGAGAGGUCAGGAGAUGUUUGAGAAGCUGAGGAAGAACCACACACAGCUGUGUGUUUAUGAGUGGGAGCGGUUGGGGACUAUGUGGCUGUGUGUGGAGGAGGAGCUGCUAAGGGAGAGGGGUGUGUUCGGCCCGGGGCCGGGGGUGGUGCUGACACGAGGCUGGGUCCAGGAUGCAGCUGAAGGCCCCAACCGCACCAGGCCUCGCAUCCGCAGGAGAGCCCAGCGACGCUCCAAACGGUUGGCAGAUAUGUGUGUGAGAAAUGGUCUGCCAGAGGAGAGCAAAGGAAGGACAGAGACUGACUCAGAGUCAAGGAUCCUGUUUGAGCCAGGGACAGAGGAAGAGGAGGAUGUUGGAGAGGACUGUAACCGCCUAACCUUUUUCCCUGUCCUGACUGAGACUACUGCACCUCUCACUGAGCCCUUCGCCCCAGCGUCCACCACCCCUGAGCCCUGCUCACAUACACACACCUGCAGCCACACACACAUCGUACUACAGGAGCUGGAGCCUGAGGAAGAGGUUAAAGCGAAGGUGUGUGUGGUGGUGGUCAGUGGGCUGUCUGUAACAGAGGGGCUUCUGUUGUUUGGGACAGACAGCCUGUACAUGUGUGAGGGCUUCACCCUAACCCCCGCAGGAGACGUCUGCUGCAGAAAACACCACCCCACUGGUGUGCGUGACGCGUUCGUUUCCAGUAUGUUGACUAAAGACAUAUCUUCAUCCAGCCCCAGCUGCAAACGAUGGCCCUACCAGGACAUAAGAGAUGUCCGCUUUAUGCGUUUCCUUCUAGAGGAAAAUGCGCUGGAGAUCUUUAUGCAGAACGGAUACUCUACUUUCCUGGUUUUCUUCAACAAAGACCAUGUGUCUGCUUUUAAAAGGCUGUGUUCAGUGGUGCCAGCAUUGAUAGGUAGAGGGGUUGCUGAGGUCAUAACUAAUGCCAGGAAGACUCCAGUGAUGGAGAAGACUACUCAGGUGAAAUGGCAGCGUGGGGACAUUAGUAAUUUUGAGUACCUGAUGCAUUUGAACACUCUGGCUGGUAGAACCUAUAGUGACCUCAUGCAGUACCCCGUCUUCCCCUGGGUCCUAGCUGACUACAAGUCGGAGACCCUGGAUCUGACCAAACCGGCGACAUUUCGUGACCUCUCGAAACCAAUGGGAGCCCAGACAGAGAAGAGGAGAGACAUGUUUAUUCAGAGAUUUAAUGAAGUGGAAAAUAGUGACGGUGACCUGGCAGUGAGGUGUCACUACUGUACCCACUAUUCUUCGGCCAUCAUCGUGUCGUCCUUCCUCGUUCGGAUGGAACCCUUCUCACACACCUUUCUGACCCUACAGGGAGGGUAUGACAUAGCAGAGAGGAUGUUCCAUAGCGUGAAGAAGGACUGGGACUCUGCCUCCAGAGACAACAUGAGUGAUGUCAGAGAGCUGAUCCCAGAGUUCUACUACCUACCUGACUUCUUGGUUAACACAAACCACUUCAAACUAGGCUGUAUGCAGGACGGUACCACUCUAGGGGACGUUGUCCUCCCUCCCUGGGCUAAGGGAGACCCCCGGGAGUUCAUCAGAGUUCACCGAGAGGCUCUGGAGAGUGAAUAUGUUAGCUCCCACCUCCACCUGUGGAUCGACCUGAUCUUUGGGCACUGCCAGCAGGGACCAGCCGCUGUAGAGUCCCUCAACACAUUCCACCCCUACUUCUACGCCCAGAGAGGGAAAAGGACAGGGGGGCAGGAUGCACUCAGAGACCCCCUUAUCAAGAGCACCAUCCAGGGAUACGUCAAUAACUUUGGACAAGUUCCCAAACAGCUGUUCAACAAGCCCCACCCUCCUCGUGCCGGCUCCAAAAAGGAGGGAUCAGCACCCGCCCAGCCAACCCCCUUUUUCUUCAGACUGGACAAGCUCAAACCCUCCAUUCAACCAUUCAAAGAGCUCCUUCGUGGUCCAGUAGGCCAGGUGGUUUGUGUGGACAAAGAGGUUUUGGUCGUAGAGAAGAACAGACUACUGAUCCCUCCUCUGUGGAAUGUCUACUUCUCCUGGGGCUUCCCUGAUAACUCCUGCUCCUUCGGACACUACACCACUGAGAAAACCUUUGCUGUAUGCGAGAGUGUGUGUGACUGGGGGGAGAUGCUGUGUGCAGCGUGUCCCAACCAAGCUACCAUAGUCACUGCUGGGACCAGCUCAGUGGUGUGUGUUUGGGAUGUUUCCAUCAGCAAGGACAAACUCACUCACAUGAAACUCAGACAGGCGCUGUAUGGUCAUACCGAUGCAGUAACGUGUCUGGCGGUGUCUGAGGUUCAUGGAGUGAUAGUCAGCGGUUCUCGUGACCUCACCUGUAUACUGUGGGACCUUGAGGAACUCAACUACAUCACUCAGCUACCUGGACACAAGGCUAGCAUCACAGCACUUGCUAUCAAUGACCUCACGGGUGAGAUAGCAUCGUGUGCAGGGCCGGUCCUGUACCUGUGGAGUAUGAAGGGUCAGUUACUCACCUGGCUCGACACAUCCUGUGGCUCUGAUGUCACUUCCUGCAGCUCAGAUGGGGACAUCCUGUCUGUCUGCUUCACUCAGAGACACGAGUGGGAUCCACGAAACGUUAUAGUAACUGGCUGUGCUGACGGGAUAGUGAGGAUCUGGAGGACGGAGUACACUAGAACAUCACCUGAUCCUCCACAGCAGCCCACGUCCCCAGGACAGGAUCAGCCUGCAAUGACCAUAGACGGAAUGUCGGUUCCGAGUCAGAGCUGGGAGAGACACCUGGUGUUGUGUCGGCCGCUAAACAGGAGUGAAGCAGUGUCCAGACGGCGCUACAAAAACAACCCUGCAGUCACUGCUCUAGCCAUGUCCAGGACCCAUGCUACUCUGCUGGUUGGAGAUGGCUGGGGUAGAGUCUUCACCUGGACCUGUGAGUGAUGGGGAAGGAGCAGUUGAGUGUGUCUGUUUGUGUGUGCGUGCGUGCAUGCGUGGGUGUGGUGUGUGUGCAUGUGCGUGCAUGGGUGGGGGGGUGCGUGCGUGGUGUGCGUGAGUUCCAUACAACCAACAAUACACCAAAACCCAGCCUGCACUUCAGGAACCUCUUAUUGCACUGCACAUGUGCACUCUUUCACCAGCCCCUGCCUCACCUCCAGACCGACCACCACACUCCAAUCGUAGAGAGAUGUUCUCUCUCUCAGUCUCCAGGCACAGGGGAAAAAUGGAGAGAGGGAGGAUCAGGAUUUUCUUUUUGAGUGUUUACAAACUAUUUACACUGGACAUUAUUACAAGAUUAACACAUGACAUGGAAGGAACAGAUCAAUGAAUCAUGUGGUUUCAACCUAUAUACAGAUCGUACAUUUCAAUGUACUUUAUAGUAUUAACAUUUAGGUCUUUUGUUGAUGAAGCCCGAUUAUUUAAUUGGGAAUGUAUCUGUUUACAAUGCAUUCGGAAAGUAUACCGACCCCUUCACUUAUUCUAAAAUGGAUUAAAUAACAAAGUCUCAUGAACCUGCACACAAUACCCCAUA